CCCCGGAAGUAGGCUACUUCCGCAUUGACCAAAGUUUGGUGUGAAUGAACAGUUCGCAGCAAUGGACGGUAAAGCGGUGAAGGCGAUAUUGUUUGACUUGGACAACACGCUUAUUGAAACGAGUCGGGCAGGUGAAAGGGCGAUAAGAAAGACCUGUGAACUUUUGAAGACCACACUGGCCCUGGACGACAACACCACCAACAGCAUCUGUGACAAGUUUAAGGAGAAGCUUCUCCAGGAGAGCUUUGACCCCUCAGCUGGCAAAUCCAUUGAUGAGGUCCGUGUGGGCCACUGGAAGGAGAGCAUCCAGGAGGCUGUGGGCAGUGGUUCGCCACCUUCAUUGGCGGCUCAGUGCUACUACCUGUGGAAAAACAGUCGCCUGGAGGUUCUCAGCCUGUCCACUGACUUAUGCAACCUCCUGAAACGACUGCGCGUCGGAUACAAGCUGCUGCUGCUGACCAACGGGGAGACUCAGACUCAGAGAGAGAAAGUGAAGGCGGUCGGAUGCGAGGAGUUCUUCGACGCCAUUGUGAUCGGGGGAGAACAUGCGGAGCAAAAACCAUUCGUCUCCAUCUUCACAUUGUGUUUCGACAUGCUGCAGGUGGAGGCCCAGGACUGUAUUGUAGUGGGGGACUCCCUGGACACCGAUAUUCAGGGAGGCUUUAAUGCCAAAGUGCGGGCUACAGUUUGGAUCAGCAAUGGUGCUCGACCAGACGGUUCAGUGACACCCGACUACACGAUCCCUACUGUGCUGGACCUGCCAAAUAUUCUGCAACAACUGAAAUAAAAAGGACAACUCAUGAUUCAAACCAUUUGUGAUGCAAGUAAAUGGGGAGGAGUGUCCCUUCACGUGGGAAUUUGUAAUCAUGGAAAAUGUUUAAAGAUGAAUGUCAUUAUCAAUUUUCCGAUUCCAACACUUUCAAAAAAUUUGUUUUAUGCAUUUUGCUACGAAUCUUUACAAUCCAUCUAAACAUUUGCACAAGUAUCUCAUAAUUGUACUAGGGUAUUUCUAUUCUACAUCUGUACAUUUCGGAAGCAUGUCUGCUAAUCAAUAUGGCCAAAAACUUUUAUUCCGAUUUAAGUCUCAAUAAGAUCGCAAUAUAGCAUGUUUGCUGGUAAUUCAAUAAAUAAAUUUGAAAUAAC